AUGCCAAAGACUGCACUUCUACUGCUUGCCAAGGGUGCCGAAGAGCUGGAACUAAUUACAAUUGCCGACAUAUUGGCCCGCUCGAAGGUAUUAGUUUUGUCAAUUCUAAAUCUCUUGAAGGUAAAUGUCGUCAUCGCCGGCAUUAGUGGCAAAGAGGUUGUGCUUUGCAGUCGCGGUGUAAAAAUUCAGCCCGACGCCUCCCUGGCGGAAGUGCAAGACCAAGAUUUCGAUGCCAUUAUUUUGCCCGGGGGUUUGGAAGGGACGAAGAACCUAAGCAAGGUUGGUCUCUCUCACGUCUAA